UAGAAGGUCCCCUAAAAGUGGAAAGUCAUUCAGGCCCCGGUGAAUGGAGCGUCUUGAAGCAGAGAGAGAGAACGGAGGACUUAACUUGCAGCACUAAAACAUGAGAGCUCCGCAGUUGGCCCUGGUGGGCGCCGUCCUGACCCUGCUGAGCCUGGCCGGCCUCGGUCAUGGAGAAUCCUACUUUGGGGACAGCUUCUGCAACAUCCAAGCUUUCCAAGAUGUAUCCACCUUCCAUGUGUCACUACAGAUGAAGACAAGUCGCAGAAGCGGCCUGUUGCUACUGGCUGCCGGAAUGGAGGACUACCUAUUCAUUGAACUCCAGAAUGGAAAAAUACAGGCUCGGAUGAACCUGGGGGCGGGUGAGGUGGUCCUAACUUCCUCACAAGGUCUCCAGCUUAACAAUCUUCUAGAGCACAAAGUCUCCCUUACACUUCAAGACGCCAAGCUCACCAUGACAGUUGACAAGCUCUUCUCCACCUACGUCCCUGUGAGCAUAGACGGGGAGCAGCUCAACAUUGACCUGGGUAUUUGGCUCGGAGGUGCCGGAGAUCUUGACGCUCCCUACCUUAGCAACGCCAUUCCACCUUUCCGGGGAUGCAUGACUGACGUAAAAUUUGAGUCCCAUGACUUUGACAUUCUCAGCACGCUGUUUAAACAAUGCCACGACACAAAGGGAUCCUGCAGCAGUGAGUUUGAAGCGGGUGAUGGAGAGGCAACCAGUUUCAGCACUCCUGAUUCUUUUGUCUCCUUUCCCACUUGGAGUGGUGCAAGCGGAGCACCGAGAGUUUUGGAGUUCCUCAUGAAAACCACCAUUGAGGACGCCCUUCUCAUUUUCCACCCUGGGAGAGAGAGCGACUUCAUUGCUCUUGGCAUUGUAAAAGGCUACCUGAAAGGUUUGCUGGAUUAUGGAAAGGGCAUGGAGGUGCUGGAGAACACAAAUGUGCAGCUAGAUGACGAUCAGUGGCACAGAGUUAAGGUGCAGGUCAGUCAGGAAUCGUUUGAUGUUAAUGUCGACAGCCAGGUAGUCUCUCUACCUCUUGACUCGUCAAAAAAACUGGACUUGGUAGGAAACUUGUAUUUAGGAGGCAUCCAGGCUAAAAUGAAGGAUCUCUUCCGUGAGAGUGGGUCAUUGAACCGUGCAGAGGACGAGAUGACCGCCGAGUCUUUUAUUGGCUGCUUGGGCGAGAUCAAAGUCAAUCAGAAGGAUAGGAGCCUCCAGGAUGCUCUGGUAACCAAAGAUGUUCACGUUAAAUGCGAAGGGGAGGACUAUGACUACUCUAGUUAUUAUGACACCGAUGCAACAACAACUUCCCCACCGCCCCACACCCGCUACGUGGAUAUUGAGACAACUGAAUCGCAUUGCUACCCAACAGACGACAUGCCAGAAGUAUUCAAAAACGUAACUAAGCUCCUUGAGGUUACGCCGCUGCUUGUACCUGAAGGAGGAGAAGUUUUUCUUACCGUGGACAACCUCAGUCCAACCUUUGACCUCAGCGCUGCAGGGAUGCGUCAGUCACAGAUUGUCUUUUCUCUCAAGAGUGACCCCUGGUAUGGUGUAGUUGAUAUGAAUAUCAACACAAAGCGCACACAAAAAUUCACUCUUUUGGACGUUGUCAACCAGAAAAUCAAGUACAUGCACGAUGGGCAUGAAAGGCACGCAGAUAGAAUUCACCUGGAUGUGGUUGCUAGCAGUAAUGGCUACCUUCCAGAAUGUCUCAAAACAUCGCAGAGUUACAUGGUACCAGUUGAAAUCCUUCCCGUCAAUGACAUACCACAACUGAGUGGAGGAGAAAUCACCAUUACAGAGAACGGCAGGACUCGCUUGAGCUCCAAUUUAAUCAAAAUCACGGAUUCUGACACCCGCUGUGACAACUUAGUGGUAAUUGUCACCUCAGACCCUUCAAUGAAAGCAGGUUACCUUGAGAACAAGCAGGAGCCAGGACGAAGGCUCACAGAGUUCACUUGCAGGGAACUUAAGGAAGGGAACAUCUAUUAUGUACACAAAGGAGGUGAAGCUGAAUCAAUAACCCUAGAAGUAUCAGACAGACAAUCGGUCAGCCACUCUGCAACUUUUAAACUGGCUUUGACGCAGCCACACAUGACUAUAGUAACCAAUACUGGCCUUGCCUUGGCUCAAGGUAGCAACGCUUCAAUUGGUAUAAACAACUUGGCUGUCCUAACACACCCUCGUAAUGGAGAUGUUAUUUAUAACAUUACACAGCCGCUGAUGUUUGGGGAACUGAAAAUAAUGACAGAUGAUGGCAUGUGGAAGCCAGUGAAUUCGUUUCAGCAAUCCGAUCUGGAUCAAAACCACCUUAGGUACAUCAGCACGGAUUCAAGUGACCAAGAAGAUGUUGUCGAGGAAAGGAUUCAGUUUGACACACACCUGGGAAAGUUCUCCCUGUGGAAUAACACAUUCUUAGUCAAGAUCAUGCCUUCUCUCGUGAAACUCUCCACACUGGUCCCACUAGAAAUGCAGUCUGGUGAGGAAGUAACAAUCGGACCCGCUGAGCUUCAGGCAGAGGUGAAAGGAAAAAACUUAGAACCUGAAUCUGUUAAGUACAUCCUUGUCAAGCCUCCGACACUGGGUAGUCUCCAGCUACUGGAUGUAGAUUUGACUGAUGGGGACACCUUCACCCAGAGAGACCUUAUGGACAAUUAUAUCACCUACAAAGUCCUAAUGCGAAAAGCUGUGGAAAGUACAGAUCAAUUCCAGUUCAAAGUAUUUGCAGAGGAUCAGUACUCUCCUUUGUACACAUUCCCAAUUAACAUCCUCGCUGAUCCGGAUGCCCCCACUCUAACCAAUGAGGCGCUAAUUGUCCUACAUGGUAGUGAGGGUGUUGUGGACAAAAGUCAUCUUUGGAUUGAAUCAACUACCCUUACAGAUUUUAUGUACCAGAUCACUCAAGGACCGAAACAUGGGCGACUCAUAAGGGAGUCCCCACCUGGUCAGCCUCGAUUUGAGGGAGCGAUUAGAGUGUUCAGUAAUGAAGACCUCCAACUCAACAGGCUUAUUUACCAGCAUGAUGGUUCCAGAACAGUUAGCGAUGACUUUCACUUCACUGUGUUUGAUCAGGGCGCAGACAAAUUUGGGGUUCAGGAAACAAUCACUGGCAUUUUCAGGAUAUCAAUCCAAAGCAAGAACGAGCACGCUCCCCAGCAGGUUGUUGACAAGGUUUUCGAUGUGGUCCGCCAUGGUCAGCGCCUGCUAACGACUGAUGAUAUCCGCUUCAAGGACAACGACGCAGGAUUUAAUGAAUCCCAGAUUGUCUAUUCUCGUGAGGGAAUCCUCUCUGGCAACAUUGUCUCUGCGCUGAAUCCCUCACAAUCCCUUUUCCGUUUCACACAAGCCGACCUGCGCGCUAAAAAGGUCCUCUUCAUUCAUCACGGAGCCGAUCAAGAACGCUUCUCGCUGCAAGUGUCCGACGGCUUUCACAAGACAACCGCUCUGCUGCAGAUCCAAGCCAGCGAAGCCUACCUCCGAGUGGUCAACAACACCAUGAUCGUCAUUGACCAUGGAGGCACCAUGACCCUCGACACCACGCUGCUGAGUGCCGAGUCCAACAUGGACAUCAGGCAUGACGGUGAGAUCGCGUUUCACGUGACGUCCCCUCCAAGUGACGGCAGGAUCAUUGUCAGCGGGGUUGAGGCCUCGGAAUUCACCCAGGAGGACUUGAAGAAGGGUGUUGUAUCCUACGAACAUAACUAUGAAAGUCUGAGGUCCAAAGACGCCUUCAGCUUCACGCUCAAAGCAGGAGGACGUUCAGUGGAGGGCACAUUCAAGAUUAAAAUAUUCAAACAAGGUUACCUCUCUGAGCCGGUGGUGCUAACCAAUGAAGUCAUCAUUGCCUACGAGGGGGAGCACACCGUUAUCAACUCAAACUAUCUCAAGGUGGAGCAAGCGGACAUCCUGCCAACAGAGAUGGUGUUCACCAUCAAAGAGCCGCCGCGCCUCGGCCACGUGGUCAAGCUCACAAACAGCUCCGACGGGACCGACACGCCGCUCCUCGACUACAUUCACUCAUUCACGCAGGACGACGUCCAACACGGCCGCAUCCUCUACGUGUCUGCAUCCAUCCAGGGUCUUGACGGCUUCACCAUGGACGUCAGCAAUGGUUUCACCACGGUGGAGGACCUGCGCGUCACCGCCAACAUCGUGCCUCGCCUCAUCCCCAUCCAGACCUUCAACUUCACCGUGAAGGAAGGCCUCAGCCAUAUCGUUGAUGACAAGAUCAUCAACAUCUCGCACCCCUUCUACAACUCCAUCAACAUAGAGUUUGUGGUGGAGGAGCCGCCGCAGAACGGGGAGAUACGUUACAAGGACGGAGACGAGGUCACUUACUUCACGUGGGAGGAGAUAAAGCUUGGACACAUUUACUAUGUGCACGACAGCACCGAGAGCACCGAGGACAGCUUCACCGUCUCCGCCUCGGCUUAUGAGAUUGAGCGCCGCAGCCUUCCCGUCACCGUCUCUGUGAUUGUCAGGCCCGUCAAUGACGAGCCGCCAAGACUGACGCGCAACACGGGGCUGGAGGUGCUCCCCGGCGAGGAGGCCGACAUCACGUCCAGCAUGCUAACCACAGAGGACGCCGACACCCCCACGGAGGAGUUGGUCUACAACCUGGAGGACACCACCGGCGGCAUGGCGGCGUUCAAGGAGUUCCCAGAGGAGGCCGUUGCCAACUUCACGCAGGCCCAAAUCGACAAGGGGGAGAUCAUCUUCAUCCACGAGGGCGAGGAGUCUGGCGGCUUCAGCUUCACGGUGACGGACGGCCAGCACACGUCUCCUCUCUACAGGUUCGUGGUCACGGCCAGGCCCCUCACCAUCUCCAUGGUAACGCAAGAGGAGCUGAUGGUGUUUCCAGGAACGAGGCAGCCCAUCACCAGCGCCAAUCUGGGGGCCGUGACUAACGAGGAUGGAAAUGAGAUCAGCUACUCGCUGGUCCACCCUCCGCGUUUGGGACGACUCAUCAUGGCCAACGACAACAACCAGAUGGAGGAAAUCAGCCGCUUCUCUCAAACGCAGCUGGAGUCAGGAGUGGUCUUCUACGAGCACCAGAUGCCCGAGGAGCCCUUCUGGGUCGUGAGGGACUCUGUGGAGCUCAACCUGUCGUCCCAGCCUGCCCCGGACGUCCGCCACUUGCUGCCCAUCACCGUGUCGUACUACGCCACGCACAGCAACAUCUCCUCUCAGCUGUGGAGGAACAAAGGUCUAGAUAUUGUGCAAGGCCAGAGAAAAACAAUUGAUGAUUCCACCCUGGAUGCUUCCAACCUCCUGGCUAGCCUUCCCGAGUCGGAGAGAGCCGAAGCAGACGUGGUCUUCGAGAUGAAGCGCUUCCCUGACCACGGACGCAUCACUCUUGGAGGUCAGGACCUUCCUCGGGAUGCACCCUACUUCAUGCAGGAAGACGUGACCCUGGGCGAGCUGGAGUAUCUCCAUGAUGACUCAGGGGCCUCCUUUGACAGUUUCACCUUCAGGGCCCGUCUUAAAUCUCAGGGUGGUAGUUUGAGCUCCCCUGCCGACUCUGUUGUCCUAGAGGAAAUAUUCAAUGUCUCCAUCAAACGACGCGGCUCAGAAUCCCCUGAACUCGUCACUAUUGACAUGCUACUGGAGGUCCUGCAAGGAUCUAUGGCCAUUUUGACCCAGAAGCAUCUGAACACUCGUGAUGAAGACAGUCUACCAGAUGAAGUCUACUUUAAGGUAACCAAAGCGCCAAAAAAUGGGCACUUGGUAGAUGCCCGCACCAGGGACACUAUCUCUCAGUUCACUCAAGAGAUGAUCAAAAACGACCAGGUGGGCUUUGAAAGUGACGGAAGCCUCGCAGACGGCUUUGUGGAAUUCAUUGUGUCGGACGGAGAACACGACACGGAGCCGCACACGCUCCACAUAGGAGUACUCGCUCGCACCCUCAUUCUGGACAAAGCCCCUGAGAUCAAAGUGAAGCAAGGAGAUGACGAGACUCUUGUGACUGAAGAGAUGCUGAAAGCCACCACUGGCGGUCCUGUAGAGGAAGACGUCCUAUACAAGAUCACAAGUGUCCCCAAGUAUGCGGCAGUCAUGGUAGACCGGCAGCCUACAUCGGCCUUCACCCAGAAACAGAUCAAAGAAGGAAGAGUGAGCGUCCGCUUUGUGAAGUCCACUUCACCUCGUGACAGCGUGACCUUUGUCGCUCGCAGUCGAGCAGCUAAUGUGUCAUCUGUGCUCGACAUCACAGUUCAACCUCUGGCCAAGAUCGCUGAGGAUCCCCUCCUACCUCAAGACUCUCUUGUUCAACUAGACAGCAAGCUUCUGGACGCAACGGCCCUGGGGAACAAGACCAGGACCUCCCCAACGUUCACCGUUAUCCAGCAUCCAAAAGGAGCUCGAUUUGUCAGAUCCGGAGGUCCUGGUGCAGGCCAGCCAGUGGACUCGUUUAGCCAGCGGGACCUGGAUGAAGGGCGUGUUGCUGUAGAAAUCCCCAAAAGCUCUUCUGGGGCCCAAGAUGGGGUCACUCAAGAGGAGGCCCGCUUCUUACUUAAGGCUCAUGGAGUACCGCCAGCCGUGUGUGUGCUUAAUUUUCAAACAGGACCAUACAAUGCUUCUGGGGUCUAUCCCGCAACUCUACUGAGGGUCCCCUCAGGAACCCCAUCCAAGGACAAUAGUGAUGUUGGUGGGUCUCCCCGUGCGACUCCCGAAAGUCCUCUUUGGAAAGCCAACAAGGACCAGCCCCAGGCAGAGGCCACCACGGCAGCUCCCUCGGACACCGGCUCCCAUAAAAACCCAGUAGUUUCCCGACGCGGCAAUGUGUGGUCCAUUCUCAUCCCCAUCUUGGUCAUUCUCAUUCUCCUGCUCCUGGCUGCCCUCUUGGCUUACUAUCUAGUGCGCAAAAACAAGACCGGCAAGCACAAUGUCCAAACGGCAGCAACCAAGCCGAAAAACGGAGAGGUGGCCGGCACGGAAACCUUUCGAAAAACCGACCCAGCCAAUAGCAUCCCCAUGUCCGACAUGGAUCCCAAAGAGGCCGACCCGGAGUUGCUGCAGGACUGUCGAACGACGACUCCAGCCUUGAAAAAGAACCAGUACUGGGUCUGAAACUUUGGACUUUCCCCCCGUGAGAGGUGGAUCUUUAAUUGUUUGGAGCGCCGCCUCCUCCAAGUCUUCUUCUCAGUAUUAUAGACUUCUUGCCGCAGUGAUUGAUGGAUUUUUGUUCUCGGACGCCAACUUAUCUCGACAUUGACUGUGGACUGAUUCUCAGGCAACAAGGCACUGAAUGGUUGUUUGACAAGGCGAGAGGCAGUUUCUUAUCUUCCAGUGCCACGUCUAUUUAUUUUUUAUCAUUCCUCUUCGUCAAAGGGCACAAACGACAUGAACAUGCUCCGUGUUUGCAAAAAGAAAAUAUUCUGGCUGUGCUUUGCCAGCUUUAAACAUUGGCCCACGUUUAAGGGGAACUUCACUUUUUUUUUUUAUAUCGACCAUCAUUCACAUUCCUUAUGUGAGACAAGAACAUACUCGUCUUUUUCAUUUCUUUGCGAGCUAAGUAGUGAAAAACUCCUAGCGAACAACACAUGCAAUGGGGAUUGACCACUCUUAAAAGGGUUAAGCUCCAACAUUUUAUAUUCAUACUGUAAGAAUAGGUUUACAGUAACACCAGGCACAUCCAUAAAAACAUGUAAUAUUCACAGUAUUUUGGCAAUUUUUUGUAUCCUGUUUUGCCCUAUUUCGGCUAUUUUAAAGGGGAACAUUAUCACAAUUUCAGAAGGGUUAAAACCAAUAAAAAUCAGUUCCCAGUGGCUUAUUUUAUUUUUCUAAUUUUUUUUUCUAAAUUUUACCCGUCCCGGAAUAUCCCUAAAAAAAGCUUUAAAGUGCUUGAUUUUCGCUAUUUGCUUAAGCCGCUGUCCAUUUCCCUGUGACGUCACAUAGCGAUUCCAAUACAAACAAUGGCGAAUAGCACAGCAAAAUAUAGCGACAUUAGCUCGGAUUCAGACUCGGAUUUCAGCGGUUUAAGCGAUUCAACAGAUUACGCAUGUAUUGAAACAGAUGGGUGGAGUAUGGAGGCAGAUAGCGAAAACGAAAUUGAAGAAGAAACUGAAGCUAUCGAGCGAAUAGCUAUUGACGCUAUUCGGCCAUCUUUGCGUUAGCAUCGACGGUAAAAUGUGCAAACCAAACGAUCAGGACUUUCGCAUUGACACUGGAUCUACUUAAAUCCGUCGAUUGGUAAGUGCUUGUUUCGCAUUAAAUGCGGAUGGAAGGAAACGCUGGACGUAAAUAUAGUUUCAAAUGUACAUACAGGUAGCCUAAAUAGCAUGUUAGCAUCGAUUAACUGGCAGUAAUGCCGCGACCGAAUAUGUCUGAUUAGCACAAAAGUCAAUAACAACAACACUCACCUUUGUGAUUUCGUUGACUUUAUCAUUGGAAAUGCAUCUGCUUUGAGUGUCGCAGGAUAUUCAGACAUUUUUGCCAUCUCUGUGCCAUCUCUGUCGUAGCAUCACCGGUAAAAACCAAACGGGGGACUUUAGCAUCUCUUGACACUGGAGCAACUUAAAUCCGUCGAUUGCUAAGUGUUUGUUUGGCAUUAAAUGUGGAUGGAGGGAAAGGCUAGAUGUAAAUAUAGCUUCAAAUGAGACAUAAGGCUGCAAUAUGUACAAACAGCUAGCCUAAAUAGCAUGUUAGCAUCGAUUAGCAUGCCGUGCUAAUCGAUGCACAUUCUACGUAAAUCAACUUGAAUCCGUCCCUGAUCGUGUUGUUACACCCUCCGACAACACACCGACGAGGCAUGAUGUCUCCAAGGUAUCGGAAAACAGUAAAAAAAACGGAAAAUAACAGAGCUGAUUUGACUCGAUGCGUCUGAUGUGUAGGGAAAAAUGGCGUUGAGUACCGAUCUGACGUCACGUUCUGACGUCGUCGCUCAGAGAGGUAUAAACAGAAAGGUGUUUAAUUUGCCAAAAUUCACCCAUUUAGAGUUCGGAAAUCGGUUAAGAAAAUAUAUGGUCUUUUUUCUGCAACAUCAAGGUAUAUAUUGACGCUUACAUAGGUCUGGUGAUAACGUUCCCCUUUAAGAAUUACCAGAACUUUUUACUUUACAGGGACGCUACUUUCCUUAACAACAACAGCACUGAGAACGAUAGCUACUUUAGGACAAAUGAGGAUCCAGAACCUUAUCUUUUUGAGCCUAAAUAUACCGAUGGUUACAGAAGUGGAGCGGGAUAGAAGAAUCUUUAUCAAGUAUGAGGACGGAGUUUGUACACCAAGAGGCAUGCUAGCUAAGCGAGCUAGCUUGCUAGUGGUUAAGCUAGGUUGAAACAACAGAAGAAAUACAUGUAAAGUAAAGCUGAAGGAGUGUAGGUAGAAGUACGAUAUUAACAGGGGGGAAAAAGUAGAUUCAUUAGAGUUAGCAAGAGAAUAAUAUAACAGUUGUUAACUGUUGAAGAGGGGGAAUUGAUCCAUAAAUUGGUGGUGCCGACACCAGCGUUAAUAUCAGGAUAUGAUCGAUAUUUCUAUUUUCACAAAAUCAUUUGUUGUUCUUUUUGCUAAUGUUUACAAAUUCAGGGAAUAACCCAGCAGGCACAAGACAUUAAAACAACGUUGAGAACUUGUUGAAUUCGGUCCUGACGUUGAGCAACUCAAACAUAACGUUGAAACAACGUGCUUUUUGACGACGGUUAGUGAAUGUUGUGUUCUGACCUUGAUAUGAUCAUUAAAAUUUGGUCAUUUCCCAACCAAUAUUUGACAACACAAAUACAACAUUGGAACAACAUACUUUUUAAAGACGUUUAAUCAAUGCUGAGUUCUGACUUUGAUCUCAACCAUUGAAUUUCGGUCAUUUUCCAACCAAUAUUCUACAACACAAAUACAACGUUGAAACAACAUGCUUUUUGACGACAUUAAUUCCAUGUCAGGUUGUGACGUUGAGUUGACCAUUGAAAUUUGGUAAUUUCCCAACCAACAAUGUGGAUCCAACGUUGAAUUCUAAUUUACAAAUAAAACUAUUUUGCCACGUUGUUUCAAAAUCAGUUUUAAAAGGACAUGCACGUACAAUCAACGUUGUAUCAAUGUCUUGUGUCUCCUGGGAAGUCCCUUGACAAGGUAGGGACAUUGAGGGGGGGAAAGCUUGGAUUUUGUUUAGUUAUUGUGCACCAUUGAUAUUGAUUUGUUCAAACUACUGUGUGUGAUAAAAGAGAAUAAGGAUCUGGUUUAAAUAUCUUGCUAAUAUGUUUAUUUUAUACAAUCAAUAGCACUCACCGUAGAUAAGUAGAAAAAUGGACAAUUAAUACAUGUGAUCGGUAUUGAUAACGGUCAAUCGCACUAAGGGAUAUCGGAAUCGGCGGUAUAAAUCCGUGAUAAAUCCUGACCAAAAUAAAACAGGAAAACAAUCCAUCACAAAAGUCACCAUGAUUUUGAUAGCGAUACAUGGAGCGCAUAGUUGUUGAUAUUACAGUUACAUAUACAGUCGAGCUAGCCGUGUACGGACAAAAUAAAUAUUUUACAGAACAUUUGGUUGUCUAUUCUUAAUGGUAAAUAUGAUCGUUCUUAUUUCUCAGACAGUAAAGAUUGUUGUCCUGUCGCAUUGUACAGUAUUGUGAAUGGAAAGUAAGGCGUUGUUACUACGCCAGGAAAAGUAGUUCCUCUGCAUUAUCUCCUCCAAUAACACUGACUGUAACUUGGUUAAUAUGCAGAUCAAAAGGUAUGUAGGUGGAGCAUUGUUGGCGGUUUUUGGAUGUUUUUACAGACGGAGUAAAGGACUCCCCAUCACUUGCAUUAUUACCCACCCCUUGCUAGCAGUGUUUUACUAUUUAUUUUUAUUUUACAUACAAUAAAAAGACAUGUUUGUUCUUGUCUGACAUAAAAAUUCGGGAAUGGUGGAAAAAUCUAUUUUAAAAAAUGCAGCUCUCCUUUAAACUGUUCGCUUUUUUCCUAAUAGAUUAGCUUGUACAUCAAGAAGACGACAAACUGCCUCUUUUUAGAUCAUUGUUCAACAAUUGUUUCUCAGGGCUAAAUUUGGUCAUCACUCGCAACAUUUCAUCAGUUUGUCUCUUUUUGGAGGAUCGGUACGGAGAACAAAAACUUCAAACGUGAGAAAAGUUGUAAAAACUUGAUUUUAGCUUUGACUCCCGACUAGGUUUUGCCAGACUGGCCUGGCAGCACAAAGGAGGACAGGAAGUUGGUCUUAAACACACCUUGAGGGGCGUGGACAAGACGUCAGGAUUCCCAGAAGGUGCAGGGAUGGGAACAAUCCACUCAUUAGGAUCCGAGGUUCGAAGCAUUCCAUACUGUAUGUAAGCUAAAUAUAGUCACAUACUGAAAUAUUGAGGUUUUUUUCCCCCAGACUUUUUUGUUGAAAUGAUGAACUUUUACUUCCUUGGUACUCUCACAAUGGUGGAUGUCGAUUGGAGGAUUUCCAAAAUAAACUAGACUUGCUAAAUUGUUUUUCCACUAAAAUGUUGUCCUUUUUUGUUACUCUUGUUUGAACGCAUAACGUUAACAACAUAACCUUACUAAAUUGUUAAAGAUCGUGUUCUAGAUUUGCAGACGGCACAGAGCUCAGGAAGUCAUGUGCUCCAGGACACUUUCAAUUUCCUGUAAAAGUUUGUUCUUUCUUACCACAAAUUGUCUGCAUUUUAUCCCUUUUUUUUGUAAAUAAUUAGUUUUUUUUUCCAGGGAGAGGGGGUAUUCAUUUGUGUUUCUCUGUACUCAAAUUAAACAUUUAAUAAUACUAACAACCCCUUUUCUCCAUCUUGCUGAUCCCUUUUUGUUUUCAUUCAUGUUUCGUCACCACCUCUCUUUUGUUCAUCCAUUAUUAUUUAUUAUCAUUAUCAUUAUUAUUAUGACUUCUUUCACUUCCCUUACAUCACUUCAUGUUGUAAAAGACUUUAGCUCCCAGACCAAGACAUGCAUCAUCCAUUGGAACCGCCAGAACAUUUUCCAUCACACUAUUUGCAAUAAAAAAAAAAGUGAUGCAACAAAAA